AUGACAGCCGCUGUUCCUAGCGGGCCUGAUACGAAGAAUGGCAACACCUUCGUAUAUUUGAACAUACCUCUGCUCUUCUUAUCUGCAAUCAUCGUUGGCUAUCGUGUAUGGUGGAGGUGCAUUAGGAACGGCAGCGGCGCCUUGAACAAGGCGGACAUCUGCGUUAUCAUCUGCUUGAUAUUCAAUAUUAUUCAAGUGGCUUGUAUCUCAUCAGCAAUUCUGAACUGGGGUUUCGGACACCAUGCACCUUAUCUCAGCGCAGAACAGCGCUACAACUCACUACUACUAUUUUUCGUAUUCCAGUGCUUCGUCAAGAACACAGUCGCCAUAACGAAGCUCUCUUUCCUCUUCCUCUAUCUCGACAUUUUCCCUCAAAGGAACUUCCGCAUAAUCUGCUGGGCUCUAAUCGUUCAUAUAUCGGCCGCUAUAGUCGCACUCAGCUUCACUACUAUCUUCCAAUGCACUCCGGUGAAAUAUUCAUGGGACAAGACUGUACCAGGCUCUUGCAUCAACAUUAAAGCGUUCUGGUAUGGUCAGUCGGGAUGGAACACCUUGAUGGAUGUGAUAGUCCUUAUAUUGCCCAUCCCUGUGAUCGUAAAGCUACAGAUGAACCGUCGAGCCAAGCUCGGUCUUUUGGCAGUUUUUAUCCUUGGAACGUUCGUAUGCAUAACCAGUAUUGAGCGGCUAAUUAGCCUCAAUUUCAACGCUACGUUUGCCAAAGACUUUACCUGGGCGACUGGAACCUCGGUCAUCUGGACCCAAGUCGAAUCGACGGUUGGCGUCAUCUGCGCCUGUGCACCAACUCUAAGAAGCCCACUGGCUCGGUUGAUGCCAUUCGUCUUUGGCUCUACGAAACACGACCAAUCUUAUCCAUUAGGCGAUGGUGUAUCCCAGGGUGUGUCCUACAAUGCCCGUAUAGCCCAGCGCUCAAAAACACAUGGGGGGUCUGAGGUUGGAAUGGAGGACGUAGGGACGCAUUACAAAGGAGAAGGCAGCGAGGAGAGGAUAAUUGGCAUCCAGAAGACUGUUAGCAUUGAGUUGACAUACCUCGAACGGCCAGGGGAAGUAAACACGGAGGGCAACAAGACAUACAAGGAACACCGGUUUGAUCGUCAUGAUAUUCAAAGCACGAGUGUCGCAUAGCAUAU